AUGCUAGCACUUGAUCUCACUCAGCAUAACUUCAACUUAUAGACGCUGUCAAAUUAUUCAGAGAUAGCAAAAAAUAUCUAAUUCGACAGAAUUAUUAAAGCUAAUGAUUAAAUAAUUACUGCUGAAAUAAUUAAUGGUUAAGAAUGUAGAUUGCUUGACAUAGAUUUGAAUUUAAUUAAAAAAAUAGAUUUAAAAGCAGCCAGAUUGUAUUAAAUAAAUAAUGUGAUUCUUUCUUACUUCAAUAUGAAUAUAAGCAUUAUCUAGGGACUGGAAGAGAAUGAAAUUAAAAUAUAAAAAGAUGUUUACAAGACAAAUGAUUUUGUUCAUUAAAUGGUUUAGAUCACUGAUGACAUAUUCAUGACAGUGUAAUCAAAUGGAUCAAUCUAAUUGUUCAGUCUAAGCAAACCAUCAUUCUCACAAACAUUCAGAAUCAAUUCAUUUACUUGUAUAUUUGAUAUUUGCUUGAUUGCUCAGAAAUAAAAUGAAAAUACUUAUGCUGCUGGUGAUGAAGCUAAUGGAAUAGCAAUAAUUAAAAUAAUUAAGAAGGGAGACUUUGCUUUUGAGUUAAUUGAAGACCCACAAAGAUUAAUUGAUAAGGGGUUUUGCUAUUCAAUCUUGUUAAUAAAAUAAAAUACUCUUGCUUUUACUUGUAAGAUUGAUGGCAAGUAUUACUUAAAGAUUUAUAACAUUGAGUUAAAGAAAGAGAUUCAGAGUAUAGAAUUAAAAUCUUGGUCAUUUAUUUAUGCAAUUGAUAAGUAUGACUACGAGUUGAAUCCAUUUGCUUUUAUCAAAGAAUACAAUUAAGUCUCAGUAAUUAAUUUCAUAAAUUAUUAAAUGGUCAAAGUUGUUGAUUCAGAGUUUAUUCAUUUUGGAAAUAAAAGUCAAUGCUUGGCCAUCAUGAAACUGAAGGAUGAAACUGGAAACAAAUACUAACUCUAUGAUGUGCAGGUUGAUGAGAAGGAUAGUUAAUAUGUAUCAAAGCUAAGAGAUAUUAUCAUCCAAAUGCCCUGA